AUUGAAUUUUGGUUGGUCGGAAACUUUUUAAAUAACAAUGGAUACAAAGACGAAUGACAUGUAGUAAAUAGUUGCCAUUUAACUGUUUAAUUCGAAGCAUCCUCUCACGUUCGAAGCAUACAACAUUACAAGUACUGUGUCAUUCCGUUACUUUAGUCGAGACAGUAAAGACACUUUGAGGUCGAAAACAGGCUUUUGAUAAGUUUCAAACAGUAUAUUCAAGUGUUUUGGCUGGAACGAUUUGAUUUAUAAGAACUGCAAUAGAUAUCACGCAAGAAUAUGACUGAUGUUUUAGCAAGUCCCAGCGAAAUGCCAUCUGCGACGGAGGAAAAUGUUCGGACCCCACGCUGUGCUCGAUGCAGAAAUCAUGGUAUAAUCUCAUACCUGAAGGGCCACAAACGUUACUGCGAAUGGAAAGAGUGCCAAUGCUCAAAAUGCAGCCUUAUUAUUGAGAGACAACGCUUGAUGGCCGCCCAAGUUGCCUUGAAACGUGACACGGAAGAAGAUCACAACGUGCUGUCUUUACCAUCACAUUGUUUGCCAAUGUUUGGCCAAGCACCGGACAGAUUCGGUAUGCCAGCACGCGAGGAAUCAAUUUCGCCACAUUCGGACGAAGGUAAGCUUGUUUUCGUUGGUAUGUUGUGUAUUGUAUCUCAUUUUCAAAGUGUAAACACUUAAACGCCGUUUGUGUGCACAACAAUUUAAGGUUUGUAAAAACAUAUAGUAUUACAAAGUGGGACACUGCAGUCUCCAGUCACAGGUGACGCGUUUAAUAAACUUCCCGUGGGAAGAAAGCCCAAUGGCAGAGACUUGGAAAGUAUUUCAAUGUUUGUGAUGAAAUUUGAUAACUUGUUAUUAAAAGUUUUGUUUUAUUAAAAAAAUCUGUCUGACUCUGGCGUCUCUCAGAUUCGUCACGCUUUAGAUUUUCAUGAAUCUGGUGCUAUAGCUAUAUCAUUUUAAAUGCCAACGUUGCACUCUGUCUAAUGCCAGACGAUUUUACUCGUCAGGGAAAGUGUUAAUGAAUAGUUAGAAACUAUCUUCUUAAAACGUUUUUUUUUUACUUUUAAUUAAAGAUUUGAAGUUGCGAUUUCGCAUGCGUCAAAAGCGUAGUUGUUAAAUUGAGAUUUUAUCGUUAAUUUAUAUGCAACGAUAAGAGACAAACAUCAAGCUUGAUCCCUCGGGAAACAAGAUAGAUAAUUCUAUGAAUAGCAGUUGCUUCCUCAAGACAAAUUAUGAACUGUGUCUGUGAUUAUUCACAUUUGCGUCAUGAAACGCAAACGAUCAUGAUGGCGCAAGCUGGAAUAUUUGUAAUUCUUAUCGGAUUGGAGUACAAUUGUGAGAUAGACUAUAGUAUAGAAUUAUAUAUAGUCUUGAGCUGUAUUUGUCAGUGUUUGUAAGGUUUCAUUGGUAGGGAUACAACUACCUGAAAAUAUGUAAGGAUUGAGGUAUAUAGUACAUACAUACAUACACAUACAUACAUACACUUUAUUUCAACACGGAAGAAUCAUCAGUACAAGAAUAAAAUACACAAAUUUAAAUAUGUACAAUGUUAGUCAAAAGAUAAAAAUAAUAAUUACUGUUUUACAUGAUUGCCGUGCAAGAGUCCAUAUACUCAGUAUACUAUAGGAAGUUAGUCAAUUCGACUUUGAAUGAAUUGAGAGAAGGGGCUGAUCUGAGCUGUUCUGACAAGCUGUUCCACAGGGAAGCACCACUGUAGCUGAAAGAACGUUUUAAAAGCCCCGUUUACACUACGCUCAAUUUUUGGUACGGCACGGAUAAAAUUGGUACCCGUACCACUUUUUUGGUUCUUGGACUACCUAUUUAGGUAGUCCAAGAACCAAAAAGUGGUACGGUACCAAAAAGUGAGCGUAGUGUAAACGGGGCUUAGCUAAAUAGGUAGUCCAAGAACCAAAAAAGGUGGUACGGGUACCAAUUUUAUCCGUGCCGUACCAAAAAUUGAGCGUAGUGUAAACGGGGGUUUUGGGUGUAAAUAACUGCUGCAAGUAUUGAGGAGCACAAUUAUUAAGUAACUUUGUACAUUAGGAUAGCUUUUUGCUUCAUGCGAUUUUUGGUAUAUAGUAGACUUUCCCAAAGUCCUUUCCAGUUCUUUUUCGCGGUUCGUAAGUACGUUGGAAGCUUGUUUAUAGAAUUAUGGCCAUUGCGUCACUGUUUUUGAGAUUGAUUUUUAGUUGUAAAGGCAUGCCGCAUGGUUCCGCUCAAGAAAAAUUUCCAUGGACAGAAAUAUUUUCCAAAAAUAUCAUUGUUAAAAGUAGAAAAUUUUCAACUUCAAGAUUUUUUUUCCAACUGAAAAUUUGUGUCGGCCAAUCACAUUUUACAAAAUUUUCUUUCUGCGGAAAAUUUUCCUGAGUGGAAACAUGGGCCUUAAUUAAACUGCUCUCAGAACGCAGGAAAUAGCGUUUCUAAAUCCGGAUCAAACGAGGAUAUGAGACUGAGAGCGCUUGAGAGUUGGCAGUCACGCGAUCUUAAUGCUUUCCCGACACUAUCAUAUGUUAUUCAUGUAUUAUAUUUAUUAAGUUAAAACAUAGACGUAGUUGGAACACUCGUCAAACUGUCUUUAUUUUGUUAAUCUAGAGUUUGAAAUGUCCCCCGUGACAUUAAUGCGUGUCUGCCAACUCUCAUCACUUGAGUGGGGUCAAAGCCUCGGAAAAUCAAAAGUAUUCUGGGGCAGUAUGUCACCCAAGUUUUCGGCGCUCGUGUCGGAAAUCCUAUUCUUUGUUUGCAAGACGUAAUUUUGGGAUUUCAGUUGACGGGCAGGCGGCUAUCUCGAUGUAUUAUCUAGUUCAGAGACAGUUUAAGACUCAAAAGAUGAAUUACCGUUCAGUUUUUCUUGCUACAACCAUUCUGAUAGGAGAAAAAUCCUCCACAAGUUGUUUGAUUGCCCGUCAUUUGGAUGAAAAGUCAUGUGAUUGCAAACAAAGAAUAUAGUUACCCGGGCCUGGCUUAGUUCGAAUGUUCAAAUUUCAUGUGCAAUGCAAAUGAGGUGAAAGAAUGAGUUCCUGUCAUCUACAUUAGAUAAACACGGCGUUUGAACUUGGAGUACUCGAAGUCUUCCUCAAAGUGCAUGUGCGGAAGACUUGAAAGCAAGGCGGGACACAACCUCGCAAGCCAGGGUUUUUGGGCGGGACAUCCACACGGCGUCUGUGGAUAUUCAAGUGCCUUGCCCUUGAUGCCAACCGUAUCUGCCCCGCAACUUUCCAUACAGUUCAUAGAGUUUGCGCCACAAGCCAAACUCCCGUCCAAACGAGACCAACAUGUUGGUCCAAUAUCAUCAACUAUAUUCCAGUUGAGAUCAACUGUAUUGAGACCAACUGGCUAUAUUGAGAUCAACUAUGUUGAGAUCAACUAUAUCAUGCGAUCAACUAUAUUGAGAUCAACUAUAUUGAGAUGAACUAUAUUGAGAUCAACUAUAUCAUGAGAUCAACUAUAUUGAGUAAUUUUGGCUUGUGUUGGAAGAUGUAGAUAGAGUUUGACAUUCUUUAAAUUUUGCAUCCAUAAUAUUAUGCAAUAUUUGACGAUUACGCGUGAUCAUCGACACGCUCCUCCAACAUAGUCCAGUGUGACAGUGGUGGCGCCAUGAAUUCCCUGACAAAGGGGCUAAGCUCAGCUAUGUUCGUACAGGCAAGAACACAUUCUGGAGAGGGGGGGGGGGGCGGCAUGCUCCCAACAAAAGCUUGUUAAUUUUAUUGGCGCUUCAUACACUGGCCACUAGAAAAGUUCAAAAUUGUCUUCAACAGUCUGUUUAACACCACUACAUGCAAAAGACAUUGCUUACGAAACAUGGUCCCUUCCCCGACGGGGGGGGGGGGGAGGUGCUAGCUGGCGUGCGUUGUUUUGCAUUUUCAUUCACUAUACUUUAGUUUAUAUCUAUUAUCUACUAUGAAAUUUAUUAAUUGGAGAGGAAGCGAGCUAGAGCGCUCAAGCAAUUAAUAGCAAUUAACUUGGGUGGUGUCCGUUAGAAUUAUUCCCGUUUCAGUAGUUCUACCUCUUCUCGAGUAAUUUGAGCUAGUUCAAAUUUUGAUGUGAGAGUUUUACUCGAGUUUGACAGGUUGUAUCUAGUCAUUUCUCAUCAACUCUUGUUCCCAUUUGACCGGGGCAUGAGAGUUGAGAAAACUCUUGCUUGUCAACAUUCAUCAAUUGGUUUCAUAUUCGUCUGAGCAGGGCGUUGUUUUACUGUUUCUUAAUCGGUAUGUGUGAGCUAUUACAUCAAUUUUAAAACAGAGUCCUAAAGUUAUUACAGUUUCUGAUAUGAAUAUUAUUGUUGGUAUUAGAGAGCUGAAGAUGUGGUAAAUCUAAUUCGCGGAUGUGACAAAAAACACAUCCUAAAUUCGCAGUGUCAGCAACGUGGGUAAAAAAUAUGGAUUCUUUUUGUCAACAAAGAAGGAUACAGGGGAAAAACAGAUAUAAACUGGUAACAAAUCCAAAAGAAAGGCAUAAGUAACUGUCUUUUUGUCACGUCCGCUUACUCGAUUUAGCUCAUCUUAAGUUCGCUUGUACUUAAACAGGAGGAUGUGGUUCAUUAGCAUUCAAUUAGUGACAUUAAAUCAUUUAAGAACUGUUAAUCCAGUUGUUUGCCCAACAUUCCUUAGUAAAUCCUGCUCUUGAGAAUGUCAACGAACUUUUGUUUCAGUCUUCCUCAAGCCAAGUUGCACCCUCCGUCACCUUGUUCAAUUUAAGCUAUGUUUUCAAAGACAAUACUUGUCCAAAAAGUUGUUUUCUUCAUUAGAACACUUUAGAUGAAAUUAGAGAAUGCGAAAUAAGUAACAAGUAAGAGGAAUAAGUAGUUUUGCGAACUGAUUUGAAAUAUUUUUCUCCGGCAUUCCAACACUUGGUUCAUCAGCACUAAGAUAAAUAUCUUCUCCCAAUGACGUCUCAGAGUUGUUGAAAAGGGCUCCAUUUUGACUGAUAGCAUGUCAAACAGUUCUUGAGAACACAUUGUCCACAAGUGCCACGUUUACCACCAUCAAAGUAUACUUGAGUGCAGUUGGCAAGAUUGUUGUCGCGAAAUGCUAAAUUUCAAAUAUUUGCACAACUUCAGUACUGUUCCGACACGCUAAUGCGAAGCUUAUGGAGCUGAACUUCAAUGUGUAGUAAAGUUGGAUCUGAGCUUCGUGGCUAAAAUAUUACUUUGGCUAUAAAGCCUCGUUUUUGUGUAUAUGACAUUGGUUAAAACCUAACGACUGUAAUGUCUCAAUUACGAAAACGAGGCUUUAUAGCCAAGGUGACGUACUUUCCUGAAGGGUGAAUUGUGAUAGUCUAGAGCUCGCAGAUUUUGUGCUUUGUGGGAUAAGGUCUUAUUUUUUACCAUUGAUUGACCUCAAUUCAUGUGAGGCCUAAUUUUUUACCAUCGAUUUACCAAUUUUUGAUGAAUUUCUUUCACACGACAAGUGAUAGUUUUGCACACAAAUAUUCUCCUGUUAUAGGCGUCUUAGGGUCUGUCUACAUGAUCUUGGUUUGCCGGAAUGGGAUGGAAGGCGGUCCAUGAUUUUGAUGUAUUGAAAUACAUCACAAGGCUUAAACGAAAGUUCAAACGCCGGUUAAAAUAACUCAAAUAUUGUUGAGAAGAUGUCGAGAUUUUUUGGCAUGUGGAUGGAAAUUACGACUGUAAAUUGUAUAUACAUUUAUUAGACAUAACUAGGAAUAGCUGCGAAAAAUGCAAUAUACGUCCUAUGGCGUAUAGACCCAUUGCACAUGACUUCACAGCGCCGGUGACGACUAUGCAUCUGGAGGACAAAGUAGCAAUCUAUGCAUAAUAUAACUUUUGUAAACAAAGCAAAUUUUGAAAAACUUUACAAUAAUUUGGUAUUAAAAUGGUUAAUUUUCGCGCUGUAUGUGGUUGUUGCACCCGAAUAGAUAUUGUUAGGGAGCAUCUGGAGGACACUCUAAGGAUUUGUGACGUCAGUGCAAUGGGUCUAUAGGUGCAUUGAGAAGUCUCGUAUUUGAAGAAGAUUAUUAUUACCGCUAGAAAAAACUUUCGUUUACAAUUAUACUAUAGUCUAUCACUAGAAACUAAUAACGUUGUUUUGCUGAAUCGUGCACCGUGACUUAUUUCAAUAUAUAUCAAAAUCAUCUGCCUCACAUCCCGUCCCGAUCCCAGGGAUCAUUGUGAUGGUUUUACCAGGCUUAGUACCUUAAAACGCAUAGCCUUGAUUUUUUUAUCAUUUUCAAUCCUCUAGACAACACAUUCUGUGAAACAACACUCAAGCGAGAAUCAAACGACGACACAGAAGCUCAAACAACCGCCGUCAAAAGACGUAGGACACUCACUCCUGAUGAAAACCAGAGACCCGACAACACGACUUCGCAACGAACUGACGACGAACGUCCGGACUUCGCCGAAAGAUUACCGACAGAUUACGAUAAUAUGAAUGUAUUCUCGUCUCCAGUUUACGCAAUUGGAGAAGACGGUAAGGGCAAACCCAAAUGCCCUCCUAUAGAAUUACUUUGUCGAUUAUUCCCCACACAAAAGAGAAGUGUUUUGCAACUUAUUCACAAGGGAUGCAAUAACGAUUUGAUUAAAACAAUUGAGUGUGUGUUGCCAAGCCACGAAAAAGCCAUGGCUAGCUUAAAGUAUCAAUCAAUGACCAUGGGUGUACCUAGAUGUCCUCAAUUUAUCCCACCCGGUUUCCCGCCGUUAUUACCCUAUCCCAUGAAUCAACACCACCGUUUAUAUCUCCCAGCGUCCAUUGCGUCUGAGUCUUUACCACUGUACAAUAUGCACGGUGGCUCAACUUUCAGGCGAGGUUACAUUGCCAGCCCCGGUUACCAUGGAAAAGCUACGUGUCAGGAAUUCAGUGAAGAUUCAUUUCCAGUCUCCCAACGGACAUGUCCCUGUUGCCACAAAAAUGUGCCGUUCACGUUGAGAGCCUGCGAUUCUUGUGGUCAUUGUUUUGAAGUGUCCCCAUCAACACGGGGUUAACUCGCCCUCUACGGAAUUUGUUAUUGAUAUAAGUAUUUAUAAAAUAUUUAUAUUGUGUGAUAAUCAGUUAUAUAGUGUGGAAUGUUAGAAAGAGAAUAUAAGCAUUUAUGAAUUAUAGUAUAUUAAUUAAACUGUUCAUUUUAAUGUAUUGUGUGUAGAGAUAAAUUUAUUGAAUUUUCUAGUGUUACGAACUUACGGGUUUCUAUUUGACAAUUACUGAAUUAGUGAUUACAAACCUAUACUUCGGUUCACCGAGCCGAAGGCGAAGUGAAUAUAGUGUAUAUAUAUAUAUAUGCAUAAUACGUAC